CCUUAUAUGAACUGUAACUCAGUAAAAUCUUUGAAAUUGUUGCGUUUAUAUUUUUGUUCAGUGUAGAUGCAUACUAUUUAUACACAUAUUGCCAGAUUAUUGCUAUCAACUGCUGGCUGCAAGGUAUAUUACCCCGUUUGUAUCUUUUGGAACAAUGGUAGUCAAGUUUAUAAAAAUUAUGUAGAAUAUAUGGGCUACCACAGGUGUCACAGACAUCCACAGGUCUCGACCACCAUGUUACGAUGCUUCUUUAUGAUCACAUUGUUGUUGUCGUCGUAGAAGAGUACGGAGAUGGGACUGAGCUUGGUGGGUGCGCAGCACGCUUUGGGAACCUCGUCCGGCUUCAGAAGGGUUCGCAAUCGUCGGGAGGUGGACAGCGACAUCGACUUCGAAGAGGAAUCAACUGUCCUGGAUGAGGUCCAGUUGGUUGUGCCAUUGGAUGAUGUGCCGGAUGUACCACUGCUGCCAGCCAUCCUUGAGGAGGUGCCAGAUGUGCCGACUAUCCUUGAGGAGGCCACUGGUAAUUGGCAGUUGAUACCGAUUAGGUUUAGCUCCCUGUACUGUGGGCCUGUUGUGAUCAGGAACAAUGCCGGUCCGGUGGCUAAAGCUUGGAGAACUUUCCAGUUCAUCAGCCCCAUUAUCACCUACAUACGUGGGGGAUCCCAGCAGGUGGUGGUGAGGAUGCACCAUGCGAGUAGGGUUCAAGGCCUGGAGACUCAACUGGUGUGGGCCAUCUCCAAGGAGACACACAGACUUAGUCCAAAGGGCAUCCCCUACUGUGCCACCAAGGUGCAGUCCAUCUCUUGGAUCCAGUAUGUGGCUGGCAGGGUGACCCAGUAUGCGUCUCACCUCCGCCACGAGACGUCUGUGGCCGUGACGCAUGGCUGCUACCAGCAAACUGAUGUCUCGGUGGUGUACGCCACUCUCCACAUGGGGCUGGACGGGCUGCUCUCCUCCUCGGCGUGGUCGGAGGCUGCCUCCGUCUCUACGCCCACCACUCAGCAGUUCACUGAGCCAGAGCCUGAGGGCCACAACUGCUAUGAGGGCUGGGAGGAGGACCUGCUGCCUGAGGAGAGGGAGGUUCCUCUGCUAAACCUCUACCUUACCACCAAGAGAGUGGAGGACAUCGGCCUGAGGCUCGUCUCCCUGCGCCAGGCCUUUACUACCCUGCUCGGUUCCACCCUGAGUAGGAACCAUCUGUUUGUGGCGGGAAAGGUCCUACUGGGCGCACUGGUUCAGGUCCACCAGAUGGACGAGGCCGAAUUCAUCCGUGCCUAUAACGACUUUGUGGACUACCUGAGUGACCCCUCCAAGCAGAUUGACAUUGAGAGGGAGCUGGCUGAGGCAAAGAUCCAUCAUGUUAACCUGAUAGAUGUCCUUUUUGAGCUGGUGCUGUUUGGGAUGAUGACAGCUCAGAAAUCCCUGAUGGUGCAACCUGGUGGGUUCAUGGAGCGUCUGUACGCUCUCCUGUACUCCUUCCUGCCCACUGUUGCCAGCAUUGAGCCAAAGGCUGAGAGAUACCUGUUGCUGCUCAAUGUAAGAGUCAAGAGUUUACUUCCUGUUUUCUUCCUUAUUACUAGUUUACUUCCUCUUUACUCGUUCCUGGUUAACAGGGUUUCAAUGCCGUUUUAGGGGGAGUAACUCUCAUUGUCUCUCUCCUCUUGAUAAGCUAGUAGCUCAGAGCCAUUUUCUAUGUGUUGUGUGGUGUUCC